CAGCUUUGUACGGAUACGGGGUUCAAAUUUUGAAUGUCAGAGACAAAUCCUAGCGACGAAAGGAGUGCGGAAGGUACAUGCAAGCCAUGGCGGAGGAUGAAGCAUUUGCAUGGGAACUGUCCAAGGAGAACGUCGCCCCAGUGCACUGUGGACGAAAUGUGGACAAGCUGAAUGUGGCUCUCGCGGAAGUCCACUCGUCGAGCCAUCAUUCGACGCUGCAGCUCAAAGAAAGAGAGCUACAGGACCACAUAGCUGCGUACACCGGCGACGAUCCUCUUACAAGCUGGCUGGAGUACUACAAAUGGGUUCAGGAGUGCUUUCCGUCCGACAUGAAGAAGAACUCGUCUGUGUUGGAGCAAAUCACGCAUGAAUUCAAGGGCAUAAAAAAGUACCGAAACGAUGUCCGAUACAUGAAGCUCUGGGUCACUUACGCGGAUAAAGUCGAAAAGCCUCUCGACGUGUUUACGUUCCUGUACAAGAACAAAAUUGGAGACAAACUGGCCUUGUUCUACAUCGCGUGGGCAUUUCUGUGCGAAAAGUGCGGCAAGAUCAAGGACGCCGAGACGAUUUUCAAUCGGGGCUUUGUCAAAAACGCAGAGCCGCGAGACACGUUGCGCAAAAAGUACGACGAGUUCAAUCGCAGAGUCAGCCAAACAUGGACUAAGCCCCCCGAGGACAGCGACGAAACGAGCAGUCAGCAGGGACAAUCAACGCGCACGACGCAGCCACCUGGUCGAGCCGCUCUACGUCCACCACGCAUGCAUCCGUCGACUUCCGUUCCGCUUGAAAACCUCACUAACACCAUCCGCGUCAAAUCCCCUGAAGUCGCGUUUACUGUAUAUACCGAGCCCAACACCCCGAUUAUUCCGCGCCCCGACGCGAUUGUUUUUCGAACCAGCGCGUCGAAAGCGCCAGCCAGCGGUGGCAGAAUUGGAGGCUCCGUCAGUGCCACUGCUCGUCAUCCUUCCCCCAAAGUGUCUGCGGCCAUUUUCGAAGAUGCCGUCCAUCCCCCGAGUUCGUCAAGUCGCAAGCGUCCCCAUUCGUCGCUCGAGGUCAACCACCCCCGAGAUAACACCAAGCCCCGUGACGUGUUCCGCUUCAACGAGAGCGCGCUGCACGAUGCCAGUGGCGAAGAAUUUUGCUUUGAAGAACGUCGCGCCAUGCAGCAGCUCGUGGUCAAAGUCGCCCCUAGUGCGUUCCUUGUCAACGCGUCCGAUUUCAUUUCCAAAGCCCUGCCAACAACCACCAGCGACCCUAUCCAACAAGCAGCCGUCCAAGACAUCACGAUCACCACCAAAAUUGCCAUGGACGACAUCAACGACAUGUUUCGAAGCCCGACGAAGCGACCCCCCAGCCAAUCGUCCGUGCGCAUUCCACUGACGGAAGAGCCCAUCAUCCGAAAGCUACAAUUCAGCUCAUUUUGCGUCGCGGACGACGGCGACUCGACUGAUCAUGUGGCAGCGAAAACGCCAGCCCGAUUCAAGCCGAACGCAGAAGAGAAUGCCACGACCCCCGAGCAUCCCACGACGACGCUGUCCAAUCGUGAUGAUCCGUCCGCUGCCAAGUCGGCGCGUCGUACGUACAAAGAUGUCCUCGGAUUCAGCUUCCGUCAAAGGUAAAGCGGUGUUCGAGUGGUGAUUUCGAAUUAAGUUGACCAUAAUAAUGCAGUCUACGUCGUUCUGGUGCU